GUCUACUCAUAUCCGUUCGGAAAGCAUCGGAUAACAUUACUACGAAAACGUAAACAAGUUGAAAGUACUUGAUCGGGAAGAGAUAUCUGAUUUUAAAGAAAAUGUCAAUUAAUACGGCACAUGCCCAAGGUGGAGUUCUUAUAUUUGCCGGAGAACGGAUUUUGUUGUAUUGUGAUGAUGUGGAAUUGGGAUUCGAUGGAAAUAAUCAACCAGAGUUUAAAGGUCACAAGAAAGGCCGUCUGUACCUCACCACUCAUCGGGUGAUUUUCAAUGCUGCCAGUAGCAAGGAAUCCAUGCAGUCCUUUAGCAUGCCUUUCUUCUGUAUGCGGGAAAUUGAGCUAGAGCAGCCCAUAUUUGGGGCCAACUACAUCAAAGGAAGAAUUAAUGCAGAGCAAGGAGGGAAGUGGCAGGGGUCAGUAAAGAUCAAGAUGUGGUUCACUGCGGGAGGAGCCAUAGAGUUUGGACAGGCCAUGUUACGAGCCGGACAGCUUGCCUCGCGGUACAUGCAGGCCCAGCAGCCACCAGCUUACACCCCACCCCAGGGGCCGGUCUACCAGGCACCUCCCCCCAUGUACACCCCUCAGUACGGCAACUACAACUGGGUCCCAUUCAAUACAUUCCCUAACGCCCCGCCAGCCCAGCAGGUGUACAUGACAGAGUCGCCUCCCCCUUAUCCUGGCAUUGAGCCCACAGCCCCACCCCAGCCAAUGAACGGCCACCCCCAGGAGUCAGCAGCAGAUGCCAAAGCCCGAGAGGCUGCUGGCUCAUCCUACUACAAUCCCUCAGCGCCCCACAAUGUUUACAUGCCCCAGCAGCAGCCCUAUGGGGCUCCACCCUCCUACUCAGAUGUUGUUGACAAGAAAAAUCAGUAGAACAAGUCUGACCAGGUGGUGGAUUAAGUGAUAAACUGAGAGAAGCUGCAGGUUUAAAGAUCAAAUGGAGACCUACCUUAUUUGUGUAUUUCUUUGAACUUUUAUCAAAUGGCAAGCUUUUCUUCUAUUUGAUUGGACUACAUUAUUUAAAUGUACAAAACUGAAUAGAUCCCUCUCAUUAACAGAUUAAGGUAGUUGGAACACAUUGAAAUCAUUUUAGAGUUUUUUGUCCAUGUCCUCAUUGUAUUGUCCUGUUAUAGUUGUUAAUGCAUGUACUGUGCUUUAAAGGUUGAUGGUAUUAUGUCAUAUAAAUUGUAUUGAGAUUACACAUGUCAUUGUGUAAAUUUUCAUGUACUCGUACAUUCAACAAAUGUAACUUCACAGGCAUUUUAAAAACUCUGCCAUGAAAAUGAGUUUAAGCAGUGACUCCUUUUUGCUAACACUUCAGUAUUCACAGAAUCUAAUCAUUCACAAAUGGCCGCCGCUCUUUGUAUUUGUUUUAUUUUUGGUCAUGUUACGAAAUUACGUGUAAUCAAUUCAUGUGGUCCAACUUUAAGUCAUUGUUAUUGUAAGCAUAAAUAUGUUCUUUGAAUAAAUUUACGCUAGAUCUGCAGUGUUGAUGUGCACCAUGUAGAUUAUUAUUAUGAGUAUUGUAAUUAAGUACGAGUUGCAUUAAUAACUGUGUAAAGCAUCAUUCAGCAUCAUUGUCAUCAUUCUUGUCUAUUAAUUGUGUCUGCAGUGAGACAAUAUUCCUUGCAAUUUUCAGUCAGGGUUUUGACCAAAUCUCUAUGUACUUGUCUUUCCAUGAUCUUCUCAUCUUCACUAGCCAAGGGUUCACUGUCCACUUUGUUCCAUUAUAACUGUUGUAAAGGAGCGAAGUGGAUCAUCACCCUUGGCUAGCGAAGAUGUGAUCUACACAUGUACUGUGUAAAAUCAUCUGAAGUCAACAUAUAGAACAUCUGUUUUCUUUGCAGUUCAACAAUAAGUAUUAAGUCACUUUUACCACAUUUAUCUUUUAAUGGUUUAUUACUAUGUAAGUACCAGUAUUGUACCUGUCCUUAUAUAUUCUUGGUUAAUUUUUAUACUUACCUAACUUUGAACUUAGUAUUUAAAGAUAUAACUUUGUGUUGCUUAUAAAUUAAUUGCACACAAAACUCAAAAUCCAAUAAACGGGGAAUUUUUGAAGGAAUGAAUAUAUUAGUUAUACUGCAAUAUGUUUUCACAUUAAUAUGUAUCUAGUUGCAAAUACAUGUACAUGCAGACAUUUAAACUCAGUUGGAAUUGUUAAUGAUUGUUUUUGUAAUGUUAUUUAUAUGUAGAUUUGACUUCAUGAACUGAGUUAAAUGCAUGCAAUGAAAACAUUAACAUUAUAUUUGUCAGCUUGUUGUUAUUAAAGUUUCAUGGUGAA